UAGAACACUAUCCUAAACCAGCCACCACGAAAAUCCUGUAUCUUCCCUAUCCUCUCUCCAGAACCCAGAAAACUUUGCAAGCGAGGUCCUUCUGAAAUGUAUGCACCAAAAAUAUGUAUUCUGGUCAUGGUACGUCUCAUGGCUUCCUGCAAUCUAGAAAAUGAAUGGCUGAUUGCAACUCUCUAAACAGUUCAAGAAAGAAGUCACAAACUGGCUGUCUGAAACUAGUCCUCUGAAGCUCAUACAUAGAAUCACGCUUCCAGGGCUCUCGCGAGGAUACGAGACGAUUUACUUUACAGAAAAUAAGGAAGUGUGUUUGAUGGUCACGGGAACUGCUUGUACUACCUCGUCCCAUCAUUACCUAUACCUAAGUAGACAGAAUAAACAACAACUAAUACGUACCGAAUCAUAGUAAUCAACGCCGCUCUUUCAGUCUCCACUCUCACCACAACCGCCUCCUUCGACUUCACCAAAACCUACUUCCUCCUCUCCGGGAUCGCAGGUGUCAACCCCAAACUCGGAACCAUAGGAAGCGUAGCGCUAGCGAAAUACGCAGUCCAAGUAGACACCCAGCUGGAAUUCGAUGGCCGCGAGAUUCCUGCGCACUGGAGGACGGGGUACGUACCCAUGGGGGCGGAAAGCCAUUCGUCGUUCCCUAGGUAUUUGCAUGGCUCGGAAGUGUAUUCUUUGAAUGGGGAUUUGAGGGAUGUGUGUUUGGAGUUUGCGAUAGGUGCGCUGUUGGAGGAUUGUGAGAGAGCGAGGGAGCACAGGAAGUUAUAUGGGGGCUCGGCAAAUGGGGUGUAUGGGAGGGCGGCUUUGGAGCCGAGUGUCCUCAGGGGAGAUGUUGCGUCUUCUAAUACGUUCUGGCAUGGGAAAUUGCUUUGUGAGGGUAUGGAGAGUGUUUUUGAGACGUAUACGGAUGGCAAGGCGGUCUACACGAUGACUGCACAGGAAGAUACUGCCAUCCUAACCGCCCUCCUUCGCUCCGCAAUUCAGAAGAAGACUGACUUUGAGCGCAUCAUCCUCAUGCGUUCCGGCUCGAAUUUUGAUCGUGGAUGGCGGGAGAAGGAUGUAGCAUCCCUGCCAUAUGCCAUCGAUGAAGGUGGACUUGAACCGGCACUGAGGAAUCUGUAUCUGGCUGGGCUUGAGGUUAUCCAGGGGAUUCUGGGGGACUGGGAGAGAUUCGAGGGCGGUAUCAAGGCGAAUGGGUAUGUGGGGGAUUUGUUUGGGAGUCUUGGUGGAGAGGUUGAUUUCUUGCCUGAGGGGACGGUAGUGUGAUAAACUUCAGGGCGGUGAAGAAGCCGUGGAGCUGGAUUUGAAGUAAGGUACAGUACCUACUACCUAGUCAAUUGAGGGAGAUCACUUGGUUACGGGUAAGGAGCGGAUUUGAGUUUAAAACUUCCAUUGAAACGAUCAAGACUUCGACCUCGACCACUCCUGUAGACUCGCGCCUUCCCU